AUGAUGAAGGCAUUUUUCACUGCCCUUGAUAGAACAAAAGAUGUAUUGGAAUGUGCAGUUUAUUCUCCAUUGUUUGUUCUCAAGGGUAUUAAUGUCAACUCUCUAUCCAAGAACAAAGAAAUAAGCAUUCUUCUAAGUACUGUAUUUUCGAUGUCCAUGCCGAUUAUUGAAUUUUUAAUUUCAAAUGGAGUUGAUGUAAAUGGAAAGGAUAAACAUGGACACAGUUCACUCUUUUUUGCUUCACAACACAACUUGAAAGAUAUUGCAAAACUUCUUAUAUCUAAAGGUGCAAACAUAAAUGAUAAAGAUGGCGAUGGAUGCACUCCUCGACAUUAUGCAGCAGAUUCGAAUUACAAAGAAGUUAUAUAA